UGGCCUGUUGCCAGGGAAGUGGAUUCUGCGGCCUGUUGACCGUUGCUAAGGAAGUACCAGUCCGGCGGUCGGUCGGCAUCCGGCGCUCCUAGGACAGAAGGACGAGGAUAGCCGGGGGAUGGCAGGGUUGUGAAUAGGAAACUAGAGAAGAGUCCCAGACGGUGCACCAAAAAUGUCGAAGUCCAAGAGCUCGGAGACCGUGAGGGUGGUGGUGCGGUGCCGGCCUAUGAACAGCAAGGAAACCGCAGCCGGUUUCCACAAAGUGGUUGACGUGGACGUGAAGCUCGGGCAAGUGUCGGUGAAGAUUCAGAAAGGGGCCAGCAACGAGUUGCCGAAGACGUUCACUUUCGACGCCGUAUACGACUAUAACUCGAAGCAGGUGGAGCUCUACGAUGAGACCUUCAGACCGUUGGUGGAUUCCGUCUUGUUAGGCUUUAACGGAACCAUCUUUGCCUAUGGACAGACGGGAACUGGGAAGACUUUCACCAUGGAGGGACUGCGAGGUGAUCCUGAAAAGAGGGGCGUGAUACCGAAUUCUUUCGAGCACAUCUUCACCCACAUAUCCCGUUCCCAGAAUCAACAGUAUUUGGUGAGGGCUUCUUAUUUGGAGAUCUACCAGGAGGAGAUCCGAGACCUUCUUUCCAAAGAUCAGUCGAAACGUCUAGAACUUAAAGAAAGACCAGACACUGGUAUCUAUGUCAAGGACCUGUCCUCUUUUGUCACAAAGAGCGUGAAGGAAAUAGAACACGUCAUGAAUGUUGGCAACCAGAACCGCUCCGUGGGCGCCACCAACAUGAAUGAACACAGCUCCCGUUCUCACGCCAUCUUCAUGAUCACCAUCGAGUGCAGCGAGAUCGGUUUGGAUGGCGAGAACCACAUCCGUGUAGGAAAACUCAAUCUGGUAGACUUGGCUGGAAGCGAACGCCAAACAAAGACUGGCGCCCAAGGCGAACGGCUAAAAGAGGCGACAAAAAUUAAUUUGUCUCUCUCGGCCCUAGGAAAUGUUAUAUCGGCCCUCGUGGACGGCAGAAGCACCCACAUUCCCUACCGAGAUUCCAAACUUACUAGGUUACUGCAGGACUCAUUGGGUGGCAAUGCCAAGACGGUUAUGGUGGCCAAUAUUGGACCGGCCUCCUAUAACGUGGAGGAGUCCCUGACAACGCUACGCUACGCCAAUCGUGCCAAAAACAUCAAGAACAAGCCUAGAGUGAAUGAAGAUCCCAAGGACGCCUUACUACGGGAGUUCCAGGAGGAGAUCGCAAGGCUGAAAGCACAGCUUGAGAAGAGGGUGGUGGUGAAAAGACAUAGGAGGGGCAGGAGAAGGCCUGGAGUGGAUGGAGCAGGAGAUGAGGAGGAGGAGGAGGAGGAAGAAGGGGAAUCUUAUGAUGGAGAAGAAGAUGGUGACGACAAAGAUUACUGGCGGGAACAGCAGGAGAAGCUCGAGACUGAGAAGAAGGCCAUUGUUGAAAAUAACAGUUUGGUGGCCGAGGAGAAACAGAAGCUUUUGAAGGAGAAAGAGAAAAAAAUGGACGACUUACGAAGAGAAAAAGAAGCGAUGGAAAUGCUGUCGGCUAAAGUCAAGGCUAUGGAGAGCAAGCUUCUUGUUGGGGGUAAAAACAUUGUUGAUCACACCAAUGAACAACAGAAGAUCCUUGAGCAGAAGAGGAAAGAAAUUGCUGAACAGAAACGACGAGAGCGAGAAAUGCAGCAACAGAUGGAGAGCCGGGAUGAAGAGACUUUGGAGCUGAAGGAGACUUACAGUUCAUUGCAGCAGGAGGUCGAUAUCAAGACCAAGAAAUUGAAAAAGCUGUUUUCCAAGCUGCAGGCAGUGAAAGCGGAGAUCCACGACCUGCAGGAGGAACACAUAAAAGAGCGCCAAGAACUGGAGCAGACGCAGAACGAGCUCACCCGAGAGCUGAAGUUAAAGCACCUCAUCAUUGAGAACUUUAUUCCUAUGGAAGAGAAAAAUAAGAUGAUGAACCGCUGCUAUCAUGAAGAGGAGGAGGAUCAGUGGAAGCUCCAUCCAAUCACCAGGCUGGAUAACCAGCAGAUGAUGAGACGAUCCGUGUCCGCCAUUGGCUACAAGAGACCGUUGAGUCGUCACGCAAGAAUGACGAUGAUGGUCAAGCCCGAUCCUCGAUACAGGGCCGAAAACAUUGUCCUUCUGGAGCUGGAUAUGCCAAGUCGUACGACUCGGGAUUAUGAAGGACCGGCAGUGGCCCCCAAAGUCCAGGCCGCACUGGAAGCUGCUCUUCAGGAUGAAGAUGACAUCCAAGUUGACGCCUCGACAUUUGAAAGCAUGGCCAGUAAAAAGUGUAAAGCCAGGCCUAAGACUGGACGGCGGACUGGCACUUCCCCCAGCCCCUCUGGGUCUUCGCACUUCCCCCAAUCAAGGGGCCUAGUUCCAAAGUAGGUCUGAGACCAGAACCGGUUCCGUGGACUCGUGACAUGAAGUAUUAGGACGGACUAACUAGAUGGAUGAACUUUACACCCGUAACAUGAAGAAGACCCGACUCCAUGUCCUCCAUGGAGGAGGCGACGGUGGCCUACACUAACCAAACUGUAGGAAUGGAUUUUUCGAUGCUGGAAUCACUUGCGCCCUCUCAGGCCAAGAGUAGAACUUUGGCGGGUCCGGAUAACAAACGUAAGUGACGGUAAUUACGUCUGG